AUGGCUUCGAGGAGCUCAUUGAUCGUGAGCUUAAUUAUUUUCUCUUUCCUCGGUUCAUGUACCGGCAGAUUUUUGGAAAAUCAUCCAAGUUCUGCUGAUCAUGUCGAUGAUCUUUCGACGUAUACCGUUGAUCAUCACGGCCAUGGCGAUUUGAAGGACUACUUGUUCAGCUCAGUGGCUCGGCUCUUCCGUUUCGAGAGGUCUCUCAUACAAGAAGAUGAAGGAACAACAAUAGUCAACGUCAAUGAGUUUGGAGCUAACGGGGAUGGUACUAAUGACGACACAAAGGCUUUUGAGAAGGCGUGGGAGAAGGCUUGCUCAUCAACUGGAAGAACGGUUCUUGUUGUGCCCCAAAAGAGAUAUAUAGUUAAACCAAUCACGUUAGAAGGUCCGUGCAAAUCCAAUAAUCUCACCGUUCAAAUUCGAGGAACCAUAGAAAUUUCUGAUAAUCGCUCAGACUACAUUUACCACCACUGGCUUUUAUUCAAGAGCGUCCAAAAUCUCUCGGUCAAAGGCGGUGGGACCCUCGAUGGCAAAGGACACAUGUGGUGGGACCACAAUUGCAAAUUUAUCAAAUAUCAGCCUUGCAUUACUAAAGCGCCAACGGCAUUGAUUUUCCGGGAGUGUGAUAAUUUGGUGGUGUGGGAUUUGAAAGUACGAAAUUCACCACAAAUGCAAGUUGCCUUCGAGAAAUGCAACAAAGUUAGAGCUUCCCAUCUUACCGUGACUGCACCAGGGAACGCUCCCAACACCGAUGGAAUCCACAUCACACAUUCCCAGGACAUUGAGAUCUCUAACUCUGAUAUAGGAACAGGAGAUGAUUGUAUUUCUAUUUCGAGUGGGACUGAAAAAGUGCGAGCAACAGACAUAACAUGUGGACCGGGUCAUGGAAUUAGUAUUGGUGGUUUAGGAGAGGGAGCACAUGUGUCGGACGUAAUAGUAGACAGAGCCAAGUUUGCUCAUACUUCAAAUGGAGUUAGAAUCAAGACUUGGCAGGGAGGCUCAGGAAUUGCAAACAAUAUAAAGUUCCUCAACAUUGAAAUGAAUAACGUGUACAACCCCAUCAUUAUAGACCAAAAUUACUGCGACAGGAAAAAUCAAUGCAAAGAACAGUACUCGGCAGUCCAAGUGAGAGACGUAUUGUACCGAAACAUCACGGGCACAAGUGCCAAAAAAGUUGUAGUAAAUUUCGAUUGUAGCAGGACCUUCCACUGUGAGAACAUUGUGUUGGAAGACAUUGAUUUACGACAACAUCGUGGGAAACACAAGCUGGCUGAAGCUUCGUGUAAGAACGUUGAAUUGACUGAAUUUGGUGUCGUUUCCCCAGGCUGUUCCCAUGCCCACCAGGGGAGGAAAAACGACACUACGCCUCCUCCGGUUCAACCACCAGUACACGACAAAGGAGGGAAAAAUGACACCGCGCCUCCUCCGGUUCAACACCCAGGACACGACAAAGGAGGGAAAAACGACACCGCGCCUCCUCCGGUUCAGCCACCAGGAAACAACAAGGGAGGGAAAAACGACACCGCACCUCCCCCGGUUCAACCACCAGGACACGACAAGAGAGGGAAAAACAACACUGCGCCUCCUCCGGUUCAACAACCAGGAAACGACAAUAAUCACAUAGGGAACCCCACUGGGUCUCCGGUUCAACGACCAAGACACCAUAAUAAUCGCAGAAGACAUCAUCAUAGUCACAGAAGACACCAUAAUAAUCACAGAGGAGGGGCCCCCGCUAGGCCUCCAGUUCAACAACCAGUACAUGAUGGUAAUCACAAAGGAGGGAAAAAUGACACUGCACCUCCGGUUCAACAACCAGGAAACGACAAUGGUCACAAAGUAGGGAAUCCUGCUCAGCCUCCGGUUCAACAAUCAGUGUUUAAUGUUGAUGACUUUGGAGCUAAAGGAAAUGGCAAAGAUGACACAGAGACAUUUAAUAAAGCUUGGGAGAGAGCUUGUUCUUCUAAGGAUGCGGCAUUCCUGGUGGUGCCAAAUAAGAACUAUCUUGUUAGACCAAUCAGAUUUGGUGGUCCAUGCAAAUCCAUCCUUACAGUUCAGAUUCAUGGAACUAUAGAAGCAUCCGGCGAUCGAUCAGAUUACGGUGAAUUCGGUAAGCGCUGGCUUUUGUUCGACGCCGUCGACAACUUAGUUGUGGAAGGUGGUGGAACCCUCAAUGGCAAUGGAGAUGUAUGGUGGAAGCACUCUUGCAUACUUCACAGAUCACUACCUUGCAUUGAGACGCCAACGGCUUUAACCUUUCAUAAAUGCGAGAAUCUAGCAGUGAGGGAUCUCAAUAUCAAAAAUGCACAACAAAUGAAUGUUGCCUUUGAGCACUGCAAUCAUGUUAAAGCUUCUGAUCUCAAUGUAACUGCGCCUGGGGAUAGUCCUAACACCGAUGGAAUUCAUGUUACACACUGCCAAGACAUUGAGAUUGAAAAUUGUGUUAUAGGAACUGGUGAUGACUGUAUUUCUAUUGUGAGUGGAUCGCAAAACGUGAGAGCAACAAAUAUAAUAUGCGGACCAGGUCAUGGAAUCAGUAUUGGUAGCUUGGGACAUGGAAAUUCAGAAGCCCAUGUUUCAGACGUGAUUGUUAGAAAAUCCAAAUUCUAUGGAACCACAAAUGGAGUUAGAAUCAAGACUUGGCAGGGAGGUUCAGGAAAUGCAAGCAACAUCAAGUUUAUAGACAUUGAAAUGCAGAGAGUGCGCAAUCCGAUUAUAAUAGACCAAAACUACUGCACCGAUCGUCAGAAUCCAUGCAAAGAACAGGGCUCAGCGGUUGAAGUGAAAGAUGUGCUGUACCAGAACAUCACGGGCACAAGCACGUCUGAUGUUGCCAUAAGGUUUGAUUGCAGCAAGAGCUUUGCGUGUGAAGGGAUUGUGUUAAGAGAUGUUGACCUGCGCCGCAGCGAAGGAGACACGGCUAAAGCUUUCUGCAACAACGUCGAUUUCACCGAGAUUGAUGGACAUGUUUCACCGCUGUGUCCUCAUUGA